AGUUUCCCGCGGUGGUCCGGUGGUUACAACAGUUACAAGCAGCGAGGAGGCGCUGUUACGAGUGUGCUGCUACUUUAUGUGCUACAUCCGCCCGCCUAUUUUUGCGAAGAGCGAACUCUCCGCACGUUGCAUACGUUAAUUCUAGAAAGUUCUAGAACACUAGUUAAUUCGCUCCGUUGUGAGUUCUUCGCUACUCUGCCUUCGCAACUGCAACCAUGUCAUCACGUGUUGCUGUGGUUACAGGUGGCAACAAGGGCAUUGGAUUCUGCAUAGUCAAGUUCCUGUGCCAACAGUUUGAUGGAGACGUCUUUCUUACUGGCGAGGAUGAGACACGUGGUAAAGCAGCUGUGGCAGAGCUCGGCAAGCAGCUGCUGCACCCAAAGUUCCACCAACUUGACAUUGACGACCUCGAGAGCAUUAAGAGAUUCCGUGACUUCCUCAAGAGCACUUACGGUGGCCUGGAUGUACUUGUGAACAAUGCUGGCAUUGCUUACAAGGUCAGUUCCACAGCACCAUUUUCAGAGCAAGCCGAAGUAACUGUGAAGACAAACUUUUUUGGCACACUGAAUGUCUGCAAGGAGCUGUUCCCUUUGCUGCGCCCACAUGCCAGAGUGGUGAACUUGAGCAGCGUGUGUGGCAUGCUUAAGAGGAUUCCUGGAAAAGAAGUCAAGAAGAGGCUUCACAACCCUGACAUUACUCUGGAGGAGCUCUGUGGCCUCAUGAACGAGUUUGUGCAGGCCGCAAAAGAGGGCAAGAAUGAGGAGAAAGGUUGGGGGCACUCUGCUUACAAUGUGUCCAAGGUUGGCAUCACUGUGCUGAGCUUCAUCCAGCAGCGUGAAUUCAACGCGGACCCUCGUGAAGAUCUCAUCGUAAAUGCUGUGCACCCAGGCUAUGUUGACACGGACAUGACAAGCCACAAGGGGCCUUUGACGCCUGACCAGGGUAAGCAUUUCAUGUGUGCUGCUCCUUAUUUUAAUAUUUGUUAUUUAUCUACAUUAUCCUCACAGGCUGUUAUUUGAAAUAUCACAAGAAGGAGGACAACGCUUCGAUAUUUCUUGGUACAAGUUAUAGAGCAUAUGAAAAAAAAAAUGAA